CGUGCCGCUUUCCGUCGCAGCGGACAUUCAACUAAGUCCUUCGACUAGAAGAUGCACCACUCACUCCACCCUUUGAGCGUGGUAGCAAUCGAGCGCAGUGCUUACCCUUCCAGUCGCAUCCUCAUCCCCUCGUUACCCGGCCAAUCGACGACGACGACGACGAUGAGCGAAGCCGUGCAGUCCGCUCCCAGCGCCGCGUCGUCCACAACGGGGGAAGCUGGCGCCUCAGUACCACCUUCCUCUUCCAAUGCUACCUCGAUUGCAGACGAGACCUUCUCCACCGCUGCGACUGUAGGUAGCGAAGACCCUCGCCCCCAUCCCGCAUCCGACAAUUCUACUGGCUCUGUAACCAGCUCAUGUGUGAAGUCGCAAGAUUCCACGACCGAAGGGACGACGGCAAGCAGCGAUGCCGCUUCCUCACCAGCACAGGACAGGGUCGCCCACCAGAUUGGGAUUGCCUUGAAGCUCAAGGAGGAAGGAAAUGCUCUCUUUGCGAAGGGGGACAGAUUGGGAGCAAUGACCAAGUGGCAUCACGCUCUCCUCAAUUCAGCUGGCAUCAACUCCCUCGCAACGCAAUACGGUAGCAAGUCGACCGAAGAGCAGAACAAGAAUGCACAGUCUAUCACAAUGGCUGUACAGAACAAUCUCGCCAGCUGCUACCUUUCAGACAAAAAGUACGAAAAAGUCAUCUACGCCGCGGGCAAAGUCCUGGCCCUAGACGAGAAGAACGUAAAAGCCCUCUACCGUCGCGCCAAAGCCUACAAGGAGCUUGGUGAUCAGAAGAAGGCGGCAAAGGAUUUGGACAAGGCGAUGGAACUUGCUCCCCAAGACUCCAGCAUCCGAGCUCUAGCAAACGAGCUCGUCAAGCUAGAAGAAGCCAAGCUGGCUAAGCAGAAGGCGCAGAUGCAGGGAUUUCUCAAGGGCAAAUCUUUCGGCGGCGGCGAGGACGACGGUGCGAAUGGAGCCUCGAACAGCGCCUCGAAUGACGCUGCUAAAGUCGAGGAGAAGAUACAGGAGGUCAGCACUGCAGGAGAAAAGGCGGGAGAGUGAGCGGGGACAGAAGGAGAGGUAGAAGAGAAGAAACGUAGGAGCUACCUGACGGGGAGGUGCGGUCUGCAUUUCCCCCUUUGAGUGCGCGGUGGAAGACGAUGAAUCAUACCCCUCCUCCUCGUUGCGAAAAUGAGAGCUUAGUCCUGAGUCAUGCAAUGAAGAAGAUAUCACAGU